UCCAUCACCAUUUCUUUCAAUUCUUACUUUCCCCCGGUCAUUGGGCCCCCAAACCAAAACUCCCCCUCCACCCAGUCCCCUUUAGGGACGUACAUCUUUCCUUGUUCAAAUGUCACCGCAAGUCCCUUCCUUCACCGUAACUCUCAAGAACAAGAACCUCCACAGUACCUGCUCUCGUCGUUCCAAGUUCUUCAAUUCGCCUUGAUCGAGUCCGGUCGACAACUAGCCUGAUCAUGGCAGACAUUGUGAGGGAAAUCCUAGCCCGGCCAAUCCAACUAGCAGACCGUCUAGGCAAGGCCGCCGAGGAUGCGCACUCCUUCAAGCAGGAGUGCGCUGAGAUCAGGGCCAAGGCUGAUAGCCUCGCCUCCCUCCUCCGCCAGGUGGCUCGGGCCAGCGGCGACCUCUAUGAACGCCCGGCACGCCGCAUCGCGGAUGACGCCGAGGUGGCCCUGCGCAGGGCGCUCAUUCUCGUCCUCAAGUGCCAGGCUCGCAACAGCCUCGUGAGGCGGGUGUUCACCAUGAUGAUCCCCGUGGCUGCAGUGGCAUUCCGGGAGGCCUUGGCGCAGCUCGAGAAUUCGGUUGGAGACGUAUCAUGGCUGCUGAGGGUGUCAGUUUCGGUAUCAGACCGUGACGACAAGGACCACCUGGGGCUCCCGCCAAUCGCCUCGAAUGAGCCAAUCUUGUGCCUCAUAUGGGAGCAGAUUGCUAUCCUCCAUGCGGGCGUCCCCGAGGACUGCUCAGAAGCAGCGGCAACAUUGGUAUCCCUGGCAAGGGACAAUGACCGGUAUGGAAAGCUGAUUGUGGAGGAGGGCGGAGUGCCGCCACUGUUGAAGCUGGCCAAGGAAGGGGGAGCAGCCAAAGGUCUGGAAUAUGCAGCCAGGGCGAUCGGGGUGUUGGGGCGGGCACACGAGAAUGUCGAGCGGAUCAUGAAAGCAGGCGUGGGACCAGUAUUUGCUCAAGUCCUUAGAGAAGGUCGACACAUGAAAGCUCGAGCUGCGGUGGCAUGGGCUAUCUCAGAAUUGGCCACGAACCACCCGAAGUGCAGGGAACACUUAGUACAAAGCAACAUUGUACAACUUCUUGUGAACCAUCUUGCAUUCGAGACUGUUCGAGAGCACCACAAGUACGCUGUCUUGAAGAAAACGAAGGUGUACUCGAUCCAUUCAGUGGUCAUGACAAACGGCGACGAUAACACGGGGAAAAACGGGAAUAUUGCAAGCAUACAUGGGGAACAUGGUGAGAAAAGCCCGAUGACUGGUCCAAUGGCACGGUUAGUUGUGUUAAAUGGAACUCCAGGCCAUACGGACAGUGUGGUGAAAAGUUCCCAAUACGAACUGCUGCCAUACAAUCAUCAUCAUCAACAGCACAUUACGAUUGUAAGUGGAAGCGUUGAUGAGAGGGAGUUCGAGGAUCCUGUGACCAAAGCCGAGAUGAAGGCAAUGGCGGCGCUUGCACUCUGUCAGCUUGCAAAGGGAAAUGCCAGGAUUUGUCGAAUGAUCACCGAGUCAAAAGGCCUCCUCUGCUUCGCAGUGCUGCUGGAGAAUGCCCAGGGUGAUGUUCGGUCGUACUCAGCCCAGGCACUCAUGGAAAUCACCGCCGUCGCAGAACACCACUCCGAGUUAAGGCACUCGGCGUUCAAACCCACCUCUCCUGCUGCAAAGGCCGUGGUAGAACAAUUGAUGAUGGUGAUUGAGAAGGCCGACUCUGAUGUCCUGAUCCCUUGCAUCAGAGCCAUCGGGAGCCUAGCAAGGACUUUCAGGGCCACUGAGACCAGGAUUAUCGGGCUACUCGUGAAGCUGCUCGAUGGGGAGGACCGAGACACCCGGGUGAAGGCAGAGGCUGCAAUCACGCUUGGCAAGUUCGCGUGCACUGCCAACUUCCUCCACGUCAAUCACUGCCAGGCCAUUGUGGCCUCAGGCGGUCUGAGGCAUCUGACCCAGCUCGUCCACACCGGGGAUCACCCAAUUCAAAUUCCGGCACUGGUCCUGCUCUGUUAUGUUGCAAUUCAUGUCCCCGAUAGUGAGACACUCGCCCAAGAGGACGCAUUCACCGUGAUCGAGUGGUCAACGAAGCAGGCGCACCUGAUCAAUGACCCAGCCAUCAAGGCCUUACUGCCCAAGGCCCAGAGCCAACUUGAGCUCUACCAAUCGAGAAGCUCGAGACGGUUCCACUGAAUAAUCAGUUCGACCGGUCGAUGCAAUUUGUCUACAUGACAUUAAUGUUCAGCUAAUCCAGCAGGGCCAAAAAUUUGAAAAUUUUUUGGUUUCUCAACUCUUUGGUCGCAUUGAAAUGUAAAUAAACCGGCAUUAUUGCUAAUGUGUGUCUAGACUUGUUCUCGUAAAUGUUGAAACGAUUCUUCCCGUAAGUAACGGGAUCUCCUGUU